GGCAACGAUUUUUCGGAUUCAUCGUCGACGUCCUCCCCGCCAGGGUGAAUCUGGAUACAAAAGGAGGUGAGUGGUGGGGUGCGUCUUGUGGCAAGGUAGUAGCGUUGGUAUCGGGAAUACAGCGACGGAACAGGACGGUACCAUUCUUUGGGUGCCGGUCAACGAGAAGCAGUCAUUUUUAGUUGAGAAUUGGCUCUCGAACUGGAGCGCGCGGUCGGCGACGACCGUGAGAGACACCUGUUGCGUCAUCAAGUAAGCCGGCUACCGCGAGAAAUGCGAUGCGCUAUUAUUCGAACGUGAUCGCGCGGCAUUCUUCGUUCGCCAAGUAACAACGUGACUCGGUCACUCAACGGCUUUUCAAUUACACGGGAAGAAAGAAAAGGAAGAAGGUUCUUGGAAGUACAGUUCAAGACUCAUCGUUUCCCUCGAAAUUAAGGGCCGACAAAAGAAAGGACUUGACAUCAGGCAUCUCAAGACAUAGAUAAGUUUCAUCGGUUAGAAGCGAAUUGAAUAAAGAACCGUCACUGACGAGGAGAAACCUGAACGCGAAAGUUCACCCACCAGGAAGAACUAUUCAGGAUCAGAACAGUCCAGGAUUGACGAAAGUCUGUAUAAAACAGGAAAGCAGGGAUGUCGAAGGCAGGGGGAUUAGGAUUAGAAGAUGAUCAACGGUUUGCGCUGAUGAAAUUUAGGCGGACGGUUCAAGACGUUCUGAAGCAACCGUAUCAUGACGAUCACUUUCUACUGCGUUGGCUCAGAGCAAGAAAAUGGGAUCCAGUUGCCGCAGAAAAGAUGCUACGCGAGUCUAUGGAGUGGCGGAAACAAUGGGAAGUAGACAAAUUAGCCGAUUGGGAUCCUCCUCAAGUCUUAAAAGAUUAUCUGCCACAUGGUUUGUGCGGUUUCGAUAAGGACGGAGCUCCAGUGAUCGCCGUAUAUUUCGAUGCACUCGACAUGUACGGUAUACUGCAUGUUGUUUCGAGAAGAGAUAUGAUAAAGGUUACUAUAAAGCUUCUUGAGGACUAUCUACAAUUAUGCAGAGAACAAUUGGAGAAACAUGGUCCCGCGGCUGGCCAAGUAGUCGUGGUUUUUGACAUGCAAGGAUUCAAUUUGAGACAAUAUCUCUGGAGACCAGCUGGAGAAGUCAUAAUUACCUUGAUUCAAAUGUAUGAAGCCAACUACCCGGAGAUCUUAAAGACGUGUUAUAUUGUUAAUGCCCCGAAAGUAUUUGCUUUUGCGUUCUCGGUAGCUAAGAAGUUCAUGAAUGAAUAUACUUUAGCGAAGAUACAAAUAUAUAAAGCGGAUCCGGCUAAAUGGCAGGCAGCAGUACUGAGCAAUAUUUCCAAAGACCAAUUACCUGCCUACUUUGGAGGUACUCUAAAAGAUCCUGAUGGCAACCAGAAACUUGGAACCAAGAUUUGUCUUGGUGGGAAAAUUCCUCUUGAGAUGUAUGCGAGCAAUACGGAAAAAGAUAAUGAGAACAUGACAACUGUUAUGAUAAAAAAAGGUGGAAAACUGGAACUCGACAUGCCAGCAUCCGAGAUGGGAUCUGUAUUAAGUUGGGAAUUUAGAACCGAGAAUCACGAUAUUAGAUUUGGUAUUAUGAAGAAAGAUAAUAAUGGGAUGCGAAAGGAAGUAUUACCCAUGCGGCGAGUAGCCGCUCAUCAAUUAGAUGAGAUUGGGAUUCUGAACUGUGAAGUGCCUGCUACAUAUUCCGUUAUCUUUGAUAACACUUAUAGCAUUUUGAGGAAUAAGAAAAUCCAUUAUUCUGUGCGAAUCAUACCACCGUCAGAAGAAAUGGCACCAGCGACUAUGUCGUAAUUAAUAGUAAUUAACAACGAGAAAAUGCAUUCCAUAAAAUCUGAUUAGUACGUAAAGGAAAUAAUGAUUUUAUGUUAAUUGUUACUUUUUUGGUUACUUAUGUUAUAUUUUAAUACUAAAAGUUGUUCCAUGAUACUUCCACAAAUUUUAUAUAAUAAUUUAUUUUACUUGUCUUAUAUAAAUUUAUCAGAAUUUAUUAAUUUAUAUUAAACAUGUUAUAAAUAUAAAAAGUUUAUACAUAUAUACUUUGCAACUAUUUGCACAAAUUUGUAGAAAGAAGAUAAUAACACUUGUAAAAACAAGGAAGAUAGGAGAUAUACUUCAGUUUAUGUAAAUGAAUAAAAAGACAAUCUUUUAGAAAGAACAA